AUGAAUGUGACCGAUCUUGUAAAGGAACGAGUAUAUGGCUGCAAGUACUGUAAUAAGGAGUUUUCCAGUAAGCAAGCAUUAGGUGGGCACCAAAAUGGCCACAAAGUUGAGCGAGUCACAGAAAGAAAUGCACGAAAAGGGCUAAAGACUAGUUUUGGACAUGGCAUGAAUUCUCUCCCUUUUCAGAGUUCUUUCAACACAGGUCCAGAAAUUUUUAACCAGUCUACGAGAAAUAGGUUUUAUAAUCCUCAAAACAUGCAGCAAAGAAUGCUUGCCGAUGGCCAGCCAAAUUCCAAUCUGCCAAUGACUCGAGAGCCUCAUGCUCAUGAACCCCUUCAGGAGUUUAGCCAUGGUUACCCUAUAUGGCCAAAUCACCACUUGACAGAUUCCCAGUUUAUUGCAGCCUCAACAGGAAUGGAAAAUCACACGCUGAAUUUUUCGAAUUUAACAUUUGGAACGGCCAGUUCCAAAACAAGGACAAUGUUGGGUGUGUCUGGAGGUAUCGCAACUGUUAAUUCUUCGCAAUCCAUCCACGACACAAAUCUCAGAGCUGAGAUUAACAGCCAAAUUACCGAUUCAACAAAUCAGCAAUGUCCAUACUCGGAGCUAGAUUUAUCGCUGAAGCUCUGA